AUGGCCGUUUCAGGACCGCGUGUGUUGACACCUGCACCGUAUUUACUACAGAGGUUGUUGGUUGAAGAUUCGGUAGAAGGUAGACACUACCGAAAUAACAUCCGCCGGUACAACAACACUUUGGCAUUUGCUGCAUUCUCCACCGCCUUAAACACACGGCGCUUGCCAGGUCGGGGACCGAAUGUGUUUACUGUUCAUGGGCAGGGAUAUUGGACGAUAAGUAAUGACUUGAUCGGGAACGACCCUAUCCAACGCAGAUUCUGCCAGCUGUAUUUUGUCGAAUCCGGCGAGACAAACCGGAUUCGUAGGGAGCAGCAGCAACUACUGCCUGCCGCACAACGUCUAUUUCCAAGUGUGCUCGAAGACUUAAGACGGCCUGUUACGGGGCAUAAAUCCAUUCGCACAGGCUUUCGAGUAAUAUAUUUAAUUCAUUUUACUGAACAAUCCACAUUUCCAUUACGCUACACUACAGACAAACCAUGUUAA